CUUAACUUUUUUUUCUAAGUUAACUUUCCUAUAGAAGCCCAAACAAGCCCUACUUCACUUUUAUUUCCAAAUUCACUUUUAAUUAACCUAGAAGAUAACCUAGAAGCCGUGCACCCAGCAAGCCUUCACAUCACUGCCGAUCACCAAGACCGUCGCACCACCCAGCUCGCCGUCGUGUUCAUCUAACCCUCAUACCCAGCCCUUCAUCUAACCCUCACACCCAGCCCUCUCUCUGUCGCACCCAACCCUCGUACCAUCAAACGGUCUCUCGCACGCACCAGCUGUUUUUCAACGGUCAUUCGCACCCAACCCUCGCACCAUCAACGCAACACUCGUUGGAUUCGGAACCCUCCAGCGUUGCUGCUCCGUCCAUGCACCCUCAGUGGUCUCUGUGUAGGUGUGCCCUACUACUCCCUCAGUGGUCUCUGUCUCGCAAACCCUCGUUGGAUUUGAAACCCUCAAUCGUUGCUGUCUCUCCCUCAAUCGGCACUGUAAACAUUGAUUCUAUUGAAGAUGUUAAUGUGAGAAAUGAGACUGCUGGCUGCCCAGCAUUGACGGAGUCUGCCCACAAAAUGAGCAUAAAGCUGAGCCUUUUCAUAUUUGUUUUCAUGAUCAUUGGAGCAAUGUUCUUUGGUGCUGAGGCUGAACCAUUGGAAGAUGAACAAGCUUUCCUUGAUUUCUUUCACAAAAUUGAUCACUCAGAGCAUCUCAAUUGGGGUUACAAGACUUCUCUAUGCAAUGCAAGAGCUGGACAGUAGUAAAAUUGGUCACUGGUUCAAUUCCUCAUGUCAUCUUCUUACAAUGGAUAUGACACCUCCAACUUGCAAUAAGAAUUAUCUUUUGUAGGUAAAAAAGUUCACAAAUGUUCCAGAAACAAUUAUGUAUGAUCUAAGGGAAGAAGUUUAAGAGGGCUAGAGGAAGGAGGAACAGCAAAGGAAAUAGAAUUUAAGUUGUAUUGUUUCUGUAUUUUUUUCAGUUUAGUUUUGAAAUUCGAACUCGAGAUUUAUUUUCACUAAUUAUUGUUUGAUUUAUCUUGUAUGAAAAAUUUCAUACUAUAUUUGUACGUUUGGUAAUAAAAAAGGAUUGAAAAUUUAA